UAAUUUCUCAUCUUAAUCGGAGCUUCUUGGGUAUAUCCGAUGCGUUCGAUCCCGACUUCCCUUGAAUAGCGCAUGUGCAUAGGUUCCCUUGCUACAAAAACAAAAACCUUCUGUCACAUAAAAGUGAACUUUAAUUUUCUCAAAUGAUUUUAUGGCAAUAAAGAUUUAUAUGAGAUCUAUAGUUAGAGAUUUGGAAAAGAAACAUCCAUGUUUAAUGCUUGGUAAUGUCAAACUAUACACAAAUGUCAAAUUAAAAUAUGGUGGAAUUCUCUCUAGGGUUACCCAUUCGGUAACGCCUAGGACUUUCCGCCGCCGCCGGAUUCAACCAGGCCAGCGCCAGGAGUCCAUGCGAAGCGAGGUUUCUGUUGCCGAGCUUCGUUCUCGAAACAUCGGUGUGUACCUAUUUGGAUUUUGAUUCAUCAGGCGAGUUGGCUUCGGAUGAUUUGGAAGGGCAGGCUUUGGUUUCGUUUUGGGAGGGGUUCAAGUGAUCGUGUUUACUGAGUAUAGGAAGGAGCAGGGGCGGCUGUAUGGAAAGCGUAGUGGACAAGUACAUACAGAUGGCUUUGGAGGAGGAGGAGCAAGAGUUGGAUCUCAAUGAUACGGAGGCGAGUGAGGGGCCGAAGGAGGAGAACAGACCGGGCUUCCCUGUGGUCGGAGUGCUGCUGACGGACCGAAAAGUCCGAUUUACAGCGAUAAAGGAGAUGGUAUCGUCACUAUGGAGACCAGGUAAAGGCCUAUCAAUCAAAGAAGUUGGGGAGAAAAGGUAUUUGUUUACUUUUUAUCACCGAUUAGAUAUGAAUCGUGUUUUAGAUGGAGGACCAUGGCAAUUUGAGAAAAAAUUAUUGUUAUUAAAUGAGGUUAAACCUGAUGAUAUUCCUCACAAAAUUGUUCUGAAUGAGGCUGAUUUCUGGGUCCAGGUUCAUAAUGUGCCUUAUAGCUUGGUUAAUUUAGGUACGACCAGGAAAGUUGGCAAUUUUAUAGGAAAGUUUAUGAAAUACGCUGAUAAUCAAAAUAGUGAAAAGUGGGAGGCUAUAUGAGAAUACGAGUGUGUAUGAAUGUGGAAAAAGUUCUGAAAAGAGGUACUAAUAUGAAGAAGGAUGGCAAAAGUUACUGAGUUGAUUUUAAAUAUGAGAGAUUGCCAAACUUCUGUUUUAUUUGUGGAAUAAUUGGUCACUCAGACAAAUUUUGCCACUUGAACUACGAAAAAGAUAUUGUUUUGGAGAAAAAGUUUGGAGUUCAUCUCUGAGCAGGUAUUGGAGGGAAGAGGAGUCUGACAGGGGGAAACCAAUGGUUGCUGGAGGAUUCAUCGAGCUCUGGCAGGGACCAGGGGUACGGGGAAGGGGCUAAAACCGAGGAUAGGAUGAGAGUCGGGAGAAAUAAAUCAGGGGCUGAGUCAGAACAGAGUACAACAAAAGGUGUAGGAGGUGAGAAUAAGGAAGAAGGCACAGGAGAACAAAAGCGUAGGAGGCUCUGGGAGACACGGGAAGAUGAUCUGCAAGGGAAGGAAAAUAUGGCGCUGAUGGGAGAAAAAACGGGGAGAAGGCGGGAUUCGAGCAGUAGGCCAGCCUAUGAAGACUAAGAACCAGAGGCCAGGAAUCUUGAUAAGGGUGCAGAGCAAGCAGAUUGGGAGGCAGACUAUUAUUUUUUAUUUUAGCUUCUUUUACUUUUCAGACUGUUCUGUUUGUUUUUCAUUUUGGUUUGCUAUUAUGAUUACUGUUUGUAAGACAUUGAGUUUGGAUGUGGGUGAAAGUGGAAUUAGGGUAACCGUUUUUGGCUCAUUUGUGUCCAUUAAUGGAUCAGCAAGUUAUAGUGCUUUGGAUGAGGUGAUUAACUCUGA